AUGGCAUUUCGAGGAUAUCCAGACUUAGGCCUCCUAGUUCUUCUUGCCUUAUUGAUUAAUGUCAUUGCUGUUUCAUCAAGUCAUGACACUUCAUUCAACCGGACCAGUUUUCCCAGAGGUUUUAUUUUUGGGACAGCGUCAGCGUCUUAUCAGUAUGAAGGUGCAGCAAAAGAAGAUGGUAGAGGACCAAGUAUAUGGGACACCUACACUCAUGAACAUCCAGAAAGGAUAACAGAUAGAAGCACUGGAGAUGUAGCUAACGAUCAAUAUCAUCGCUACAAGAAAGAUGUUCAAAUUAUGCAAAAGAUGCAUUUAGAUGCAUAUAGAUUCUCAAUCUCAUGGAGUCGAGUACUACCAAAAGGAAAACUAAGGGGUGGUGUGAAUAGGGAAGGAAUCAAUUACUACAACAAGCUCAUCAAUAGGCUUCUACGCAAAGGUCUACAACCUUUUGUAACAAUCUUCCAUUGGGAUCUUCCCCAAGCAUUAGAAGAUGAGUAUGGUGGUUUCCUAAGUCCACACAUUGUUAAUGAUUUCCGGGACUACUCAGAACUUCUCUUCAAGGAAUUUGGUGAUCGGGUAAAGCAUUGGAUCACACUAAAUGAGCCAUGGACUUUCAGCAAUAAUGGUUAUGCAGGAGGAUCAUUAGCACCAGGUCGAUGCUCUGCCUGGCUAAAUCUAAAUUGCACUGGCGGGAAUUCAGGAACAGAGCCAUAUUUGGUGACACACAACCAACUGCUUGCUCAUGCAGCCGCUGUUGAAGUGUAUAAGAAAAAAUAUCAGGCAGCACAGAAAGGUGCAAUAGGGAUAACGUUACCGAGUCACUGGAUAAUGCCACUGUCUGAUACAGAGAGUGACCGCGGGGCUGCGCUACGUUACCUUGAUUCUAUGUUUGGAUGGUGCAUGGACCCAUUGACAAAUGGUGACUAUCCGCAUAGCAUGCGAUCUCUCGUUAAAGACCGAUUACCCAAGUUCACCAAAGAGCAAUCCAAGCUGGUAAAAGGGUCGUUUGAUUUUAUAGGAUUAAAUUACUAUACUGCUUAUUAUGCAACUUAUGCCACUCAACCUACCGGUGAUAGAGCAAGUUACGCGACAGAUGCUGCCGCUAAUCUUACUGCUUCACGGAAUGGGAUCCUCCUUGGUCCAGCGACUGCUUCAAGUUGGCUCUAUAUUUAUCCUAAAGGAAUUCAGGAGAUUUUGCUGUAUAUUAAGAGGAAGUACCACAAUCCACUUAUUUAUAUCACCGAAAAUGGAGUGGGUGAGUUCAAUAAUGCUACUUUGUCACGUAAGGAAUCCCUUGCUGACCAACAAAGACUUGAGUAUCACCGUGACCAUCUUUGGUAUCUUCUUAGGGCUAUCAAGGAAGGCGCUAAUGUUAAGGGAUACUUUGCAUGGUCAUUGUUGGAUAAUUUUGAGUGGUCCUCAGGUUACACUAUUCGAUUCGGACUAAACUUUGUAGACUAUAAAAAUGGGAAUAAAAGAUACCCUAAACAUUCAGCCCAUUGGUACAAGAAGUUCCUCAAGAAGUAG